UGUGGACUGGAGUUCCCCUCGCGCCUCAAACUGUCCAUUUAAACUGUUCUCUUAUUUAAUGUCGCUUGACCAGCAGAUCUCUUCCAUUAUGAAAAGUUUAGUUCAAGUUUCGAUAUAAUGUCAUCUCCUGCCAGUCAUUUCGAUAUUUAUUUGCUGAUCUUUUCUUUUUGUUGAGUUCAUACCGUGAAGAGGAAGCGUUUUACACACUGUCGAAUAAACAACCUGGAAAGAGCUUGGCGGUUAGAAGAUUACAAAGAAACUUAAAGGAAGGGUUACCAGCAAAAGUACAGGGAUUCCACCAUAAUUGGGGUCUAUGGACAUGCAGGAUCUAGCCAGUCCUCACAGCCGUGAAUCCCCUAAUGGUCCCAGCCUCGACAACUCCCAUAUCAAUACCAAUUCCAUGACCCCCAAUGGCACUGAAGGUGAUAACAUCACAAUGCUCACCACAGCUGACUGGUUGUUGAGCCCUAGCUCACAGUCGGCUGCAGUUAAAACAGAACCAAUGAGCAGCAGUGACAUCACCACCCCAGUAGCCGACGCCUCCCUAGACAGCUUCUCAGGAUCAGUUAUUGGAACCAGCGGGUUCAGCCCAAGACAAAUACACCAGUUCUCCUCGCAGAUUUACCCUUCCAACAGACCGUAUCCGCAUAUUCUUCCUACCCCUUCAUCCCAAAAUAUGGCUGCGUAUGGUCAGACGCAGUACACCACAGGAAUGCAGCAGGCCGCAGCCUAUGCUAGCUAUCCCCAGCCUGGGCAACCGUACGGGAUCCCUGCCUAUGGUCCAUUAUGGGCAGGCAUAAAGACAGAGGGGGGACUGAGCCAGUCCCAAUCCCCGGGACAGACAGGCUUCCUCAGUUACAGCUCUGGCUUCACCACCCCUCAGACGGGCCAGGCUCCGUACAGCUAUCAGAUGCCAGGUGGCACGUUCACAACCACGUCAGGACUGUACGCAGGAAGCAACUCCCUCACAAACUCAACCGGCUUCAAUAGUACACAACAGGACUACCCGAGCUACCCGGCGUUCGGCCAGGGCCAGUAUGCUCAGUAUUACAACAGCUCUCCGUACACCUCCCCCUACAUGACCAGCAACAACACCAGUCCCACCACCCCCUCCACCACGGCCACCUACACCCUCCAGGAGCCCCCCAGCGCCCUCACGGACCCCCCAGCAGUAGAGUACAGUACCAUUCACAGUCCUUCAACCCCCAUUAAAGAUUCAGAGUCAGAUCGAUUGCGGCGCGCCUCGGAUGGAAAGUCACGUGGCCGAGGGAGAAGGAACAACAACCCAUCACCACCGCCUGACUCUGACCUUGAGAGAGUGUUCAUCUGGGACUUGGAUGAGACCAUCAUCGUUUUCCAUUCCUUGCUCACAGGGUCUUACGCUAACAGAUACGGCCGGGAUCCCCCUACGUCUGUGUCACUAGGACUGAGGAUGGAAGAGAUGAUCUUCAACUUGGCAGACACACACUUAUUCUUCAACGACUUGGAGGAGUGUGACCAGGUCCACAUCGAUGACGUCUCAUCUGAUGACAAUGGUCAGGAUCUGAGUACGUAUAACUUUGGUUCGGAUGGGUUCCAUGCGGCAGCGACCAGUGCCAACCUGUGCCUGGCCACGGGCGUGAGAGGAGGGGUGGACUGGAUGAGAAAACUGGCCUUCCGCUACAGACGAGUAAAAGAAAUCUACACCACCUACAAAAAUAACGUUGGAGGUCUGCUGGGCCCAGCCAAACGAGAAGCCUGGUUACAAUUGAGAGCAGAAAUUGAAGCUUUGACUGACUCCUGGUUAACACUGGCACUGAAAGCACUCACAUUAAUCCACUCAAGGUCAAACUGUGUGAACAUCCUGGUUACCACCACCCAGCUCAUACCUGCCCUGGCUAAAGUCCUGCUGUACGGACUGGGGAUAGUGUUUCCUAUUGAGAAUAUUUAUAGUGCUACCAAAAUAGGGAAGGAGAGCUGUUUUGAGAGGGUAAUUCAGAGGUUCGGGAGGAAAGUUGUUUACGUCGUCGUGGGAGAUGGUGUGGAAGAGGAGCAAGGCUCGAAAAAGCACAACAUGCCCUUUUGGAGGAUCUCCAACCACUCUGACCUCAUGGCCCUCCACCAUGCUCUGGACCUGGAGUACUUGUAGCUACCGCCUGGUACCGCCUGGUACCGCCUGGUACUACACCACCGGGCCCCUACAUCAACCUACUGCUGGACCUACACCUCACCCUGCGACCUGGAGUACUUGUAGCAGCCCUACUAACCCUACCACCUACCACCUACCACCUACCACCUACCACCUACCAACCCUAAACAUCUACCACCUACCACCUACCACCUACCAACCCUAAACAUCUACCACCUACCACCUACCACCUACCACCUACCACCUACCACCUACCAACCCUAAACAUCUACCACCUA